GCUGGGUAAAGGGAUGUGAGGCUCGCUGUGCCUUCCGGUCGCCCAUUGGAAAGCGUGUCACGACUUUAAGCCACCUUAGGUGGCUCUGAUCCGGCGUCUAUCGCGCUCUGACCUGUACGGCAGCCGAAGGGAGGACCCCAGAGGCUCUGGAAGCUAGGAAAUGGACUUGGUGACCUUUGAGGAUGUGGCUGUGAGCUUCACCCAGGAAGAGUGGGCUUUGCUGGAUCCUUUUCAGAAGAAUCUAUACAGAGAUGUGAUGCGGGAAACUCUCAGUAAUCUGGCCUUUGUAGGACUAAAAUGGGAAGACCAGAACAUUGAAGAACUGUACCAAAAUCCUGGCAAAAACCUAAGAAGACAUGUUGUAGAGAGACUCUGGGAAGGGGUCAAAGGUGCUCAACGUAGAGAAACCUGCAGCCAGAUUCCAGAUCUCAGGCUCAGGAAGAAAACUCCUGCUGUAAAAUCCUAUGACUACAGUGUAUGUGGAGAAGUCUGCAUUGGUCAUUCAUCCCUUAAUAGGCACACGAGAGCUCACACUGAACACAAAACAUGUGAACAUAAAGAUGGAAAGAAAACAUAUCAAGAUAAGCAAUGUGGAAAUGCCUUCAGUUUUCACGAUUCCUUUAAAAAAUCUGAAAGAACUUGUUCUGAAGAGAAAUCCUAUCAAUGUAAGGAAUGUGGAAAAUUCUAUACUUCUGUAUCAAACUUUCAAAGACAUGUGGAAAGGCACAGUGAAGAUGGACCUUAUAAAUGUAAGGCAUGUGGCAAAGCCUUUUAUUCUUCCAAUUCUUUUCUAGUACAUGAAAGAAUUCACACUAGAAAGAAACCCUACCAGUGCAAACAGUGUGGUAAAAGUCUAAGUACUUCCAAAGCCUUUCAGAUACAUAAAAGAACCCAUACUGGAGAGAAACCUCAUGAAUGUGAGGAAUGUGGAAAAGCUUUCAACUGUCCUAGUACUUUUCAAAGACAUAAAAGAACUCAUAGUGGAGAAAAACCCUAUGAGUGUAAAAAAUGUGGUAAGGCCUUUGGUCGUUUCAGUUCUUUUCGAAUACAUGAAAGAAUGCAUACUAGGACAAAUGCAUACUAUGAAUGUGAGGUAUGUGGAAAAGCCUUCAUUUCUCUCUCACCUUUUCAAAGGCAUAUGAUAACACAUACUGGAGAAGGACCUCACAAAUGUAAGGAAUGUGGAAAAAUAUUCAUUAGUUCUAGUGCAUUUCAAAUACAUGAACGACUACACACUGGAGAGAAGCCCUUUGAAUGUAAACAGUGUGGGAAAACCUUAAGUAGUGCCAGUUCCUUUCAAAUACAUGAAAGGACUCACACUGGAGAGAAGCCAUAUGAAUGUAAGGAGUGUGGGAAAACCUUCAGUUGUCCCAGCUCCUUUCAAAGACAUGAAAAGACUCACUCUGGGGAGAAGCCAUAUGAGUGUAAGCAGUGUGAUAAGGCCUUUAGUCGUUCUUGCUACCUUCAGAUGCAUGAAAGGUCUCAUACUGGAGAGAAGCCCUACACUGGAGAGAAGCCCUAUCAGUGUAAACAGUGUGGUAAAGCAUUUCGCGGUUCCAGUUCCUUUCAAGUUCAUAAAAGAACUCAUACUGGAGAAAAACCCUACGAAUGUAAAGAAUGUGGGAAAGUCUUCAGUUGUCCAAGUUCAUUUAAAAGGCACCAGAAGAUUCACACUGGAGAGAAACCCUAUGAGUGUACACAAUGUGGUAAAGCCUUUGGGCGUUACAGUUCCCUUCAGAUACAUGAAAGAAAUCACACUGGAGAGAAACCGUAUGAAUGUCAAGAAUGUGGAAAGGUCUUCAGGAGUUCUAGUUCCUUUCAAAUACAUAAAAGAACUCACACUGGGGAGAAACCCUAUGUAUGUCAAGAAUGUGGGAGAGCCUUUAGUUGUCCCAGUACCCUUCAAAAACAUGAAAGGACUCACACUGGAGAAAAACCCUAUCCAUGUACAAAGUGUGGGAAAGCUUUCAGUCGAUCCAGUAACUUUCGAACACACCAAAGAUCCCAUUGUGAAGGGAAAACUGCACAAAUAUAAUAAGGGUGGGUAAGCCUUAAUUUGUUAUAGGUCCUUUGAAAAGCAUGGAAGAGCUUGUGUUGGAGAGGCACUUCAUACAAAGAAUAUGGGAAGGCUUUCUUUGUGCAGCUUUCUAGCGUAUUUGAGAAUGGAUAUUGGUGAGAAACCCUAUAAAUGUAGAUGAUAACAAUUGCUUUUGUGUCCCACAAGUUUGAAGCCAUGAACAAUGGAGAGAAUAUAGAUAGGAAUAUAAGUAGCAUACAGAAGCCUUCAGUUGGCUCAUAUCCUUACAGAAACAGGUAUGAAUGCUCCCUGGGGAUUAGUUGUGUAGCUCUUUAGUAGAGGGCUUGCAUCACAAUCACAAGGCCCUCAGUUUAAACCCAGCACUAGCACUAGAGAAAGAGGAAGGAAGGAGGACUGGUAGAGAGGGAGAGCAUGCACACUAGAUUAAAAAUUUGAAAGUGUGAAAGAGUUCCAUUUUAACAAUAAAGACAACUCCCAAUUUAGUAAAAUACACAAAUUGAAGUAAUAUGAAAACCUUGAUGCAAAUAAUGCAGAAUGUUCCAAAAAGCACACAUCCUGAAGGAAAUGGCAUAAAAGGUAUAAAUUGAUUUUUUUUUUUAUCAAUGGUUCAUUUUUUUUUUUUUUUGGUACCGGGGAUCGAACUCGGGUCCUUGCGCUUGCACAGCAGGCGGCGAAAACACUGAGCUAAAUCCCCGGCCCAAUGGUUCAUUUUUAAUGUGGAUAUUUGGACUGUGGCUAUCACUUCUUUCUUCAAAGAAUCAUUGAGGUGAGAUAAUUUUGUAAGUACUUUUGAAGCAACUGUGAGUUUAAGUAGUUUUUCUUAAAUCACUUAAAUACUGUUUUGUAUUUUCAUAAUACUAGGGAUUGAAUCCAGGGAAUGUGAGCCACAGCCCCAGCACUUUUAAAUUUUUGGGUCAGGAUCUCACUAAAUUGCCUAGGUGGCAUCUGACUUGCUCCUUUCUUGCUCCUGCCUUAGCCUCUCCAAUAGGUAUGAUUAUAGAUAUGUGCUGUGGUGCCUGGCUCACUUAAUACAAUUUUUAUUUGUUAAUUUUGAAAUAUAUGGAAUCUGGAGGUGAAUUGAAAUGCAUUUUUAAUAUUACAGGGAGGUUUAAUUUUCAUACAGUUAUUGGAUUCUGUGGUUAAUGGGCCAUUGAAAACCAGUGUUUGUUAAUUGUUGGGACUUUGUUACUGGCUCAUGUGGCAGUUUCUGAAUUAUCCUUUGCUCAUCCUAUAUAUUCUACCAUUUUCUUAUAGAGAAAACUUUUAUUUUGGUACCAGGGAUUGAACUGGUGGCCUUGCGCUUGCGAGGCAGGCAGUGGAACCACUGAGCUAAAUCCCUGGCCUGAGAAAACUUUUUAAAGGACACAGAAGUUUAUAUUUCAUGGCUAAUAAAGAAUUGCCAUCAGAUUUUAUUUUUUUGGGUGUCUCUCUGUGUAGUUUAAUCUUGCCUUGAACUCACUAUGUAGCCCAGGUUGUCCUUGUAAAGUUUAUUACAGAAUAUGGUCUUAUAUGAAUAAUUAUUUUAAUCUUUUUCCCUUUACUUUUUGUCAUUCUUUCCAGCUAUUACCUGAAUAGUUCACUUUGAAGAGCCAGAGUCUUUUUGGUAGUUAGAUUUUCCAUUCUCUUUAUGGUUUGUAUCUACUAAUAGUCUACCUUGAAGGAGAAUUUGAAGGCAGAGUGAAGAAGGUAUUUGUUGGAUUUUUGAAGCCGCUAUACAGGAAGACAAGUAUAUGGGCUAUGUGGAUGGAUGCCCACUGGCAGCCCACGGUCCUUGUUCUUGGGCUUGUCCAUCAAGACUGACCUCAAAUCAGUUGUCUUUUAUGUUCUUAGAGGUGUAGGUCCUCAUUUCUACAUCAGCUCCACAUGAAAUGUCUGUCCUUGGGAAUUCCCUACAAAUCCUAGUGUGAAUAUCAGGUAGCUGAUUUAAGCCUGUCAUGCUUGGGAAUAUUCUCUGAUUCUCUGGCUUCCCUCUUUUGUAGAUUGGAUUUGUAUGUGAAUACCUGGUAGCAUGAGAGCUAUAGGCAUCAAAGCAACUAGAGGAGGGGCUGGGGAUGUAGCUGAGUGGUAGAGCCCUUGCCCAGUUGGGCUGAGGCUGUGAGAGUAUAAAGCUCAGCACUGAAACAGAAAACUAGAUGAGAGUUUGUUCCUCUACUGCAUUGUGGGGUGACUGCCCUCACCCUGUCUCUCUAUCAUACAGGAAGCACUUUCCUUGUGUCAGAAAGAUACUGGAUGUUUCGUAUUCUUCAGAGCUGAAUAUUAUCACUCCAUUUUUAGUCAUGUUUAUUCUGUGAUGAAAACUCAGUGAGCAUGACUGAGUGGCUAUAUUUAGAAAAGACCUGAUUCUUGCAAGUGGAAUAAGAUGAACGUGAUCAUUAUGUGCU